UGCAUUCUGGUUUAUCCGAACUGCGAAGUGCUGUGAUUCGCACGGAUCAUUACCAGUUAUCCCCAGGGGAGCUGAGGGGCGCGGUGCUGCUGGGGGCGGAGCGCGGGGCUGGGGCGGGACCGGGCGCGGCCUGAGGGCGGUGCCGCCAUUUUGCCGUCACCUCCAUUUCCGCCCGGCCCCGUUACGUCACUUCCGCCGCGUCCCUCCAUCCAAUGGGAGCGCGGGCGCCGCUUUGGCGCCGAAUGCGAACGCGCAGCGCGCCCCCUGGCGGCGGGGCGGCCCCGCCAUGGCGGCCGUGCCGCACAACAACCUGCGGGAGCAGCUGCGGCGCCACUCGGCCCGCGGGGCCCUGCGCGCCCCGGCCCCGCCGCGGGACCGCCCGCCGGGCUUCACCUUCAAGAGGGCGGCGCGGGGCCUGGCGGCCGCCGCGGUGCUGAGGGACAAGGAUGUGAACGCGCCGCCGGCCGGGAGAGCGGCGGCGCGGGGCUGCGCUCUGCCCCCCAGCCCCGCGCCCAGCCCCGGGCCCAGCCCCGGGCCCGCGAUCGCCAGCGGCGAGCAGUGGGAUGAUAUCGACGACUUUGACCUGUCGGGAAUCGAGAAGUUCUGCCGGCCGCCCGUGGUGUCCCCCAAGGGGCUGCGACACCGCCCCGGCUCGCAGGAUUCCAUCAUCUGCCUGGGGGACUCGAGCCCCCGCCGGGAUCUGGACAGCGCAGCUGCAGCUGCUGGAGGGGACCAGGAGCCCCCGGGGGCUGUUCCCAGCCCCCCACACCUGGCUGGGGACACCUGGCCUCUGGCAGGUGCUGAGCUCGAGGAGGAUGACCUGGACAUCAUCCCUCCCUCCCCUGAGGAGGAGCUGCCUCCCUUCUCCCCCUCUGUGCAGAGUGCCAGGUAA